AUGAAUAAUCAACUCGCCAAAAUUUUCAAACUGAUCAACCUGAUAUUUCCAGGCAUUUUAACGCUACGAUACCCCAUUGAGCAUGGAAUCGUAACCAACUGGGACGAUAUGGAACGAAUUUGGCACCACGCUUUUGCCAAUGAGUUACGAGUUUCUCCCAGUCAGCAUCCGGUGCUACUGACAGAGGCGCCGUUGAACCCGAAAGCCAAUCGCGAGAAAAUGACGCAAAUUAUGUUUGAGAGUUUCCGCACGCCUGCUUUUUACGUGGCAAUUCAAGCUGUUCUGUCACUCUACGCCUCUGGAAGAACUACCGGUGUCGUGCUUGAUUCGGGAGAUGGGGUCACCCACACUGUGCCCACCUAUGAGGGCUACUCCCUGCCACAUGCAGUACUGAGGCUCGAUCUUGCUGGACGCGACUUAACCAACUACCUUACGAAAAUCCUCACUGAACGUGGCUACUCUUUCACAACCACAGCCGAAAAAGAGAUUUGUCGCGACAUCAAGGAAAAGCUCUGCUACGUUGCACUCGACUACGAGCAGGAAAUGGCCGAGUCGGUGAAGUCGACGGCUGUUGAGAAGUACUACGAACUUCCCGAUGGUCAGGAGAUCCGAAUUGGAAACGAGCGCUUCCGCGCACCUGAAGUUCUCUUCCAGCCAAGCCUGCUUGGAAAAGAGUCGGGUGGUGUGCACGAGAAUUGCUAUAACUCGAUUAUGAAUUGCGACAUCGACAUUCGUAAGGACCUUUACGCCAAUAUUGUGCUCUCCGGUGGCACCACCAUGUUUCCGGGUAUCACUGAUCGCAUGAAAAAGGACCUUGCAUCACUAGCUCCGAGCACAAUGAGAAUAAAAAUCAUGGCUCCACCGGAGCGCAAGUACUCCGUAUGGAUCGGCGGUUCAGUGUUGGCGUCCUUGUCGACGUUCCAUUCCAUGUGGAUCACGAAGUCCGAAUACGACGAGUAUGGCGACGUCAUCGUACAUCGCAAAUGCUUCUGA